AUGCGCGGCGGCGCUCCCGCCCUUUCGUCUUGAGCGGCAGCGGCGUUUCUCUCCCGGCGGCUCCGGCGCGGCGCGAACAUGGCGGACCAGGCCAUCUCCUUCCUCAAGGACUUUCUGGCGGGCGGCGUCGCCGCCGCCAUCAGCAAGACCGCGGUGGCGCCCAUCGAGCGGGUCAAGCUCUUGCUCCAGGUGCAACAUGCAAGUAAACAGAUUGCUGCUGAUAAGCAGUACAAGGGUAUCAUCGAUUGUGUAGUGCGUAUUCCAAAGGAACAAGGAGUGCUGUCUUUCUGGCGAGGAAACUUGGCAAAUGUCAUCAGAUACUUCCCAACUCAAGCUCUCAAUUUUGCCUUCAAGGAUAAGUAUAAGCAGGUGUUUCUGGGAGGUGUAGACAAGCACACUCAGUUCUGGAGGUAUUUUGCUGGUAACCUGGCAUCUGGUGGUGCAGCUGGAGCCACUUCCCUCUGCUUUGUCUACCCCUUGGAUUUUGCAAGAACCCGUUUGGCUGCUGAUGUUGGAAAAGCUGGUGCAGACAGAGAAUUCUCUGGUCUCGGGGACUGUCUAGUUAAAAUCACCAAGUCUGAUGGUGUGCGUGGCUUGUACCAAGGGUUCAAUGUCUCUGUCCAAGGCAUCAUCAUCUACAGAGCUGCCUACUUUGGGAUCUAUGAUACGGCAAAAGGCAUGCUCCCAGAUCCCAGAAAUACUCACAUUGUUAUCAGUUGGAUGAUUGCCCAGACGGUGACUGCGGUGGCCGGCGUGGUCUCCUAUCCUUUCGAUACAGUGCGGCGUAGAAUGAUGAUGCAGUCAGGACGCAAAGGAGCUGAUAUCAUGUACUCUGGAACAAUUGACUGCUGGCGGAAGAUUGCAAGGGAUGAGGGAGGAAAGGCCUUCUUCAAGGGUGCAUGGUCUAAUGUUCUCAGAGGCAUGGGGGGUGCUUUUGUGCUUGUGCUGUACGAUGAAUUCAAGAAAGUAAUUUAAACAGCCUAAAUAGAAUUGGAAAUCAAGUUGAGCAGAUCAUGUAGAGUAACUACCAUUAUGGACCAUUGACCUUCAAGAAAUUCCUGUGAGUCUUAUUUAUCGGAGCCAGAUGAUACCUCUGGAUGGGGCUAGAAACUGACACAGAGGACUGAUCCAUUUCUCUGUAAUGUGCAUGAAGACACUGAAUCUGGCAAUUCAGUGUGGCAAUUUUUCUUUACAGCAGUGAGGAAUGAGUGGCGUUGGUUCUGGGUCCAAAUUAGCUAGGUCCAGUUUAAAAAGAAAAAACUCAUUUGCCUGUGGAUCAGUCCCCAGUUUCAAGUCCUAUCUUAUAGGACCAUAAAAUUGUAUUUGAAAGCAUUUGCUAACAAAUCAUGUUUUUUUCCACUUGUACUGAAGCACUAUGUACCAUUUUGCACAGCUGAACAUCUAGCAAUUUUGUUCUUAAAUUGGGGCAUUCUGCUGUAAAACAAUAAACAUACUUACUCAG